AUGGAAAAGUUCGGAAUUGCAACCAGUAACACGGAAGAGCUUAAGUGCUUAGUUUGCAAUAAAUAUUUUAGUUAUAAAAGAACUUUAAAGAAACACUCAAUUACUUGUGGCUCUAAGGAGUCUAAAAAUAUUAAUAGCGUGCAAUGUCCAGAUUCAGCUUGCAAUAAAUCAUUCACAAACAAAAAAACGUUAAAAUUUCAUAUAGAGGCAGACCAUGGCGUGAAAUUACAAAACGAAAAAAGAACGUUUGCAACUCUUCGUGAUUUCAAGGAAUGGAAAUUAAAACUGGAAGAUGAUAAUUUAUGUUUUUAUGCGUUAAGUGCUCGUAAGACUGUAGGACAGAAUAAAACCAUAACGUAUCUGGAUUGUCAUCAAACCGGUAAUUUCCAAAGUAGAUCAACAAGUGUCCGUAAAAUUAAAAGUCAGGGCACAAACAAAACUGGAUCUACAUGUCCAUCUUAUGUCCAUAUUAUUAUAAAUGUGAACGCUUCUGAUUGGUUACGCAAUUUUGCUCCCGAGACGCUCGUCGAUACAGAUGAUAAUGAAAAAACUGAUGAUAAUAUUGUUUAUUAA